AUGGCCUUUCUGCUCCGGGCCGCUCGCUGGGGGCUGUGCCCCUGGAGGGGCUACUGCUCCAGGGUUACAAAGGGCGCACUCAGUGAGGACUUUGUGGCAGCCCUGAAGGCAGUGGUGGGGGCCCCGCACAUAUCUACGACUGCUGCGGUCCGAGAGCAGCAUGGGAGGGACGAGUCCAUGUACAGCUGUCAGCCUCCGGACGUGGUGGUCUGGCCCCAGAAUGUGGGCCAGGUUGGCCAGCUGGUGGCCCUGUGCUACCGCCAAGGUGUGCCCAUCCUCCCCUUUGGCACUGGCACAGGACUUGAGGGUGGAGUUUGCGCUGUGCAGGGCGGUGUCUGCAUUAACCUGACCCACAUGGACCGGAUCGUGAAGGUGAAUACCGAAGACUUCUCGGUGGUGGUGGAGCCUGGCGUCACCCACAGAGCUCUCAACACCUACCUGCGAGACAGUGGCCUCUGGUUCCCCGUGGACCCAGGCGCAGAUGCCUCUCUCUGUGGCAUGGCGGCCACCGGAGCUUCAGGCACCAAUGCCGUGCGCUAUGGCACCAUGCGGGACAACGUGCUGAACCUGGACGUGGUGCUGCCCAGCGGGGAGCUGCUGCAUACUGCGGGGCCCGGCCGUCACUUCCGGAAGAGUGCAGCUGGCUACAACCUCACAGGACUCUUUGUGGGCUCUGAGGGGACACUAGGCCUCAUCACAGCCGCCACCCUGCGCCUGCACCCUGUCCCCGAGGCCACGGUGGCCGCCACCUGUGCAUUUCCCAGUGUCCAGGCUGCCGUGGACAGCACCGUGCACAUUCUUCAGGCCGCAGUACCUGUGGCCCGCAUCGAGUUCCUGGAUGACGUCAUGAUGGACGCCUGCAACAGGUACAGCAAGCUGGACUACGUGGUGGCACCCACACUCUUCCUGGAAUUCCAUGGCUCUGAGCAGACCCUGGAGGAACAGCUGCAGCGGGCAGAAGAGAUCACCAAGCACAAUGGGGCCUCCCACUUCUCCUGGGCCAAGGAGGCUGAGCAGCGCAGCCGGCUCUGGGCAGCAAGGCACAACGCCUGGUACGCGGCUAUGGCUCUGCGGCCCGGCUGCAAGGGCUAUUCCACUGACGUAUGUGUGCCCAUCUCCCGGCUGCCAGAGAUUGUGGUGCAAACCAAGGAGGACCUGAAAGCCUCUGGAUUGACAGGAACCAUCGUUGGGCAUGUGGGGGACGGCAACUUCCACUGCAUCCUGCUGGUGGACCCCAAGGACCCCGAGGAGCUCCAUAGGGUCAAGGCCUUUGCACAACAGCUGGGCAGGCACGCACUGGCACUGCACGGGACGUGCACUGGGGAACAUGGCAUCGGGCUGGGCAAGCGGCAGCUGCUGCAGGAGGAGGUGGGCGCUGUGGGCGUGGAGGUCAUGAGGCGGCUCAAGGCCACGCUGGAUCCCCGAGGCCUCAUGAACCCAGGCAAGGUGCUGUGA